AUGCCAGCUGUACAGGAAACCAUCGAUCAGGUGAAAGCCAUCGAUGUUGACCAGUAUAAAUACGGCUUUGUAACCGACAUCGAGUCGGAAAAAGGCGCAAAGGGUCUUUCGGAAGAGACCGUCCGUUUUCUGUCUGCCAAGAAGAACGAACCGGAAUGGAUGACAGAAUGGCGUCUCGACGCGCUGCGCCGUUUCAAGCAGCUCGAAGAGCCGAGUUGGGCACGUGUUUCCUAUCCCAGGAUCGAUUUCGACGAUCUCUAUUACUGGGCGGCGCCGAAAUCCGUCGAGGGUCCGAAGAGCCUUGAUGAGGUCGACCCAGAGCUCCUGGAAACUUAUGCAAAGCUCGGUAUUCCGCUUGCAGAGCAGGAAAUUCUGGCCGGUGUGGAGCCGAAAAACCGCGUCGCGGUCGACGCCGUCUUCGAUUCGGUUUCCGUCGUCACAACCUUCAAGGAAGAGCUGAAGAAGGCCGGGGUGAUAUUCUGCUCGAUCUCUGAGGCACUGCGGGAAUAUCCGGACCUUGUAAAGAAGUAUCUCGGUUCCGUGGUUCCGGUUACCGACAAUUUCUACGCGACGCUGAAUUCGGCCGUCUUUUCCGAUGGAUCCUUCGUCUAUAUCCCGGAAGGUGUUCGCUGCCCGAUGGAACUGUCGACCUAUUUCCGCAUCAAUGAACAGAAUACCGGACAGUUCGAACGUACGCUGAUCAUUGCCGAAAAAGGGUCCUACGUUUCCUAUCUGGAAGGCUGCACGGCGCCGCAACGUGACGAAAACCAGCUGCAUGCCGCUGUUGUCGAACUUGUUGCGCUCGAUGAUGCGGAAAUCAAGUAUUCCACGGUGCAGAACUGGUUCCCUGGUGACAAGGACGGCAAAGGCGGUAUCUACAAUUUCGUCACCAAGCGUGGUGAUUGCCGCGGCAAGAACUCGAAGAUCUCCUGGACACAGGUCGAGACCGGUUCCGCGAUCACCUGGAAGUACCCGUCCUGUAUUCUUCGCGGCGAAAAUUCGCGCGGCGAGUUCUAUUCCAUCGCUGUUUCCAACGGCUAUCAGCAGGUCGACAGCGGUACCAAGAUGAUCCAUCUGGGAAAGAAUUCCUCCAGCCGGAUUAUCUCCAAAGGGAUCUCUGCAGGCCGAUCACAGAACACCUAUCGCGGACUGGUCUCUGCGCACCGGAAGGCGUCGAACGCGCGCAACUUUACCCAGUGCGAUUCGCUGCUGAUCGGACAGGACUGCGGCGCUCACACCGUGCCCUAUAUCGAAAGCAAGAAUGCAUCCGCGCAAUUCGAGCACGAGGCGACGACUUCCAAGAUUUCGGACGACCAGAUGUUCUAUUGCCUGCAGCGGGGAUUGUCAGAAGAAGAGGCGGUUGCACUGAUUGUCAACGGUUUCGUCAAGGACGUCAUCCAGCAACUGCCGAUGGAAUUUGCUGUCGAGGCGCAGAAGCUGAUCUCGAUCAGCCUGGAAGGAUCUGUUGGCUAA